AUGAGACUAUCGCUGGUACUGGCACUCAUCUUCAACUUGGCAGCCCUGGUUUUUGCGGGACCUGCUGUCAAGGGCGCUACGUUGGUGAUCUAUGAUCCUAAGCUUAGCAAGCUGAGCGACUACGACAACUUUGUGAAGUCGCUGGAUGAUGUCAAGGCUGUAGAGAUUGGGUCUUCUGACAUUGCUCUGUUUAUAAAUGGCAUUAGAAUGUUUGAGAACUUGGUGAUUCUUCCUUCUAAAGUGAGAUCAAUUUCGCCCCAUGUUGGAGUCAAGGAACUCGUUGAAUACGUCAACGAUGGUGGAAACUUAUUCGGAGUGACCAGCUCUGCCGGUGCUCAAUUAGACCUUGAAAAGUUUCUUGGUGAAGUUGGAAUCUACACCAAUGCGAAGUUCAAGCUUUUUGAUCAUUUCAACGAGGAUUCCACGAAAGAGGGCUCCGUCCUCAUCAAAGACCCAGAGUUUCAGAACAAGAUCGUGGUGCCUUCCAGUGUGGACCAAAUAUCUUACUCAGGCUCUGCAGCUUUGUUAAGCAACAGCGAAUAUCUGAUUCCUAUUCUGAAGGCACCAAAGACCUCGUAUACCUACAACGCAGCCAUUGGCCCAGUCGGCUCUGACAGUGUUUGGACCUCGGGUGACCAAGGCUACUUGAUUGUUUCUUUUCAGGCAUUGAAUAAUGCAAGAGUCACUUGGUUGGGUGAUGAUAACCUGAUCAAAGACUCGAAGUAUGAUAAUUUGGCAAAGGAUUUGGUUUCGUGGACAUUCCAAUACAGAGGUGUUAUCAAGUCGGUCAGCACAUCCCACGAGAAUGUCGUUACCGGACUGGAGAGCUACAAAGUCAAGGAUUUCGCCAAGUACGAGAUCGAGAUCUCACAAUGGUCUUCGGAGGAGAACACAUGGGUUCCAUUCGAGGCCGAUGAUGUCCAGGUUGAAUUCAUCAUGUUAGAUCCCUACCAACGUGUCAAUGCCAACGUGACUAGCAGCGACGAAGAGAAGACCCUUUUUACCGCAGUCUUCCAAAUCCCAGACCAGCACGGAAUGUUCACGUUUUCCGUGGACUACAAGAGACCGGGGUUGAGUUUCAUAGACGAAAAGAUCGUUGUUCCUGUGAGACAUCUGGCCAAUGAUGAAUAUCCUAGAAGUUGGGAAAUCACUAACUCAUGGGUUUAUUUGACUUCUGCGGUUGCUGUGAUUAUUGUGUGGUUUGCAUUCGUUACUGUUUUCAUCUUUAGCGGUAAGGCACCAUUGGUGGAAGAUGGCAAAAAGAAAAAUUGA